AUGCAGCUGCUGGAGGCGUGGGCGACCGCGCGCCUGGAGGCGCUGGGCGUGGACGGCGUGUUCGCGCCCUACAUCGUGGGCAUGCUGCCGUCCCACGGCGGCGACGACGACAACCUGGAGGACGCCAAGUUCAACAUCCACCAGGUGCUCAUGGGCUGGCUGGCGCCCGAGGACGAGGAGCGCGCGCAGGAGUUCGUGGACGAGCUGGCCAAGCUGGCGGACAACCCGGCGCAGCUGACGGACGCGGCCAUGGCCAUGGCGGCGCAGAGCAACCGCAUCGAGGACGACAUCAACAAGAUGCUGGCGCAGGACGAGGAGCUCAAGGCCUCGGCGCCCACGUUCGUGCCCCGCAGCAAGUUCCUGUCGCCCGUGGUGGCCGAGUUCCACCCGACGGGCAGCCCCGAGGGCCCGUUCGGUGGCGGCUUUGGCCAGGUGCAGGCGGCCGCGUCGCCGUCCCCGCCAUUGCCGUUGCCGCUGUCGCAUCUGCACAGCAGCGAGGUGUACGAGGAGGAGGAGGCUGUGGAGGACGGGGAGGAGGAGGACGACGAUGAGGACAGAGCGGCGCUGCAGAACGAAGACAGCUUCUUCUGGUCCGUGGCCUACGAGCUCGUGAGCCACUUGCAGCUCAAGUUCCCGGACAUCGACCCGAGCCGACUGUGCGACCUCUUGCGGCUUGUGGGACUGGACGUGGACAAGGCGCACGCGGUGCUCAAGGCGACGAUCGAGCGCGAGUCCAUCGGCCCCGGCCAGGUGUGCCGCCACUACUUGCAGGGCGAGUGUCGUCGCGCGGACUGCAUGUUCCUGCACGACACGGAUAAGAUCACGUGCCGGUUCUGGCUGCGAGGCACGUGCCUGCAAGCCGAGCACUGCGUCUUCGCGCACGACUUCUGUGAAUACUAUUCGAUGGACGACAAUGCGCUGGGCCAGCGCGACUACGACAGCGAAGACGAGAUGGAGCAGAACGGCGCGCCGCUGGACAUCCAAGCCGAGGACAUGUUCCCGUCUCUUCAGAGCGCGACGUCAGGAGCAACAGCGCCAGCCUCGCCGCCGCUACCUCAAGGAAGCGAUGGUCCCUCAUUGGCAGCAGCUACCACGACGUACCCGUCGACGGAGGAUGCUGUGGCGAAUUUGACCAUGAACUUUGCUCGAGCCGUGGCACUGCAGCCAACGCCUGGGGCGACCACCCGCCCUCUGGGCAAUGGCAGCUAUGGCUUGGACUCGACGCGACGAAUGCCGCCGCCGGCCCCUGUGCACCGCCCGCUGUAUCACAAGGCAGGGAGCAGCGAAGGUAUUGGCACCAAGUGGGUAUCUACGGGCCAAAGCGUGGCUACACAGUACCUGGAGCUGCGAGAGCAGGCGUACGAGAUGGCUUGCGCCCGGAAUAAGUGCUUCAUGGGCGCUACUCAAGCAUAUCGCAAUGGUAACAAGGCGCUGGCUAAGGGGCUGUCGAAGCAGGGACACGAGUACAACGUCAAGAUGAAGAACUUCCACUUCCUGGCGGCGUCAGAAAUAUUCGAGUCGCGCAACCCGCCCAACCAACUGUACAUGGAUCGGAUGAUGGAUCUGCACGGACUGCACGUAGCUGAAGCCGUGGAGUUCCUCACACAGAUGCUGCCCAAGCUCGCGGACGAAAGCGUGGACAGCAUUUACUUGGUCACAGGCUCGGGACACCACUCGAAGGGGCCUGACGGCAACGCGCGGCUGCUGCCAGCAGUCGAGCGCUUCCUGGCGGGCGAAGGCUACCAGUACACACCCGUGGCGGACGGCGCUGGCUUUGUGGGGAUGCUGCUUGUUGACUUGCGAUGGUAA